UCAUAAUCUGUCGAUUCACACCUUAUUUGGUCGUCAUGCACACCUAUAGACCACGCCCAUCUCCGGAUCAUGACUAAAACCAAACCAACAGCAACGUUAAUGAGGACUCUUGCUGGAGCUCACUGACUUUAGACUGAAGAAUACAGCGCAAGGCUGACAGCUGACUUACAAUGAUUGAUCUCCCAGCUCUGUCUGUGGCCUGGACCCUGGUGCUUCUGGUCAUAACUCUCCUGUUCAUUUAUGGUGUUUGGCCACAUGGAUUUUUUAAGAAACUGGGAGUCCCAGGACCAAGGCCUUGGCCUUUCUUUGGCACACUUCUCUCAUACACUAAAGGUUUGUGCAAUUUCGAUAUGGAGUGUGCUAAGAAGUAUGGAAAAGUUUGGGGGAUCUAUGAUGGAAGGCUCCCAAUAUUAAUGGUUACUGACCUGGAAAUGAUCAAAGUGAUUAUGGUGAAAGAAUGUUAUUCUAACUUCAUUAACAGAAGGAAAAGAACUACAGGUCUUGCUGGCCCCUUUGCUGAUGGCAUAAUUAUGGUUAAAGAUGAGAGAUGGAAGAGAAUGCGUAGUACACUCUCCCCGUAUUUCACAAGUGGUCGACUGAAGGAGAUAUUUCCCAUAGCUGUGACACAUGCAGAUCGUUUUAUUAAAAAUAUGCAAAAGAAAGACAACAAGCAGCCAGUUAAAGUAAAAGAAGUUGUGGCUCCGUACAGUUUGGAUGUGGUCACCAGCUCCUCCUUUAGCGUUGACAUCGACUCCAUAAACAACGCAGAUGAUCCUUUCGUGACCAACAUCAAGAAGUUCAUCCAGUUUAAUAUGUUCAAUCCUCUCUUUCUGCUAAUACUAUUGUUUCCCUCCAUUGCAAUUAUUUUGAAGAAAAUGGGGGUUACUCUUUUUUCGAAGUCGUCUAUGGAUUUUUUCUACAGUGCCGUGAAAAAGAUUAAGGACGAGCACAACAAAGAAUCAGAUGGUCGGGUAGACUUUCUCCAGCUCAUGCUCCAGAAUCAAAUACCUGGUGAUCAUUUUGAGGACACAGAUGAGCAACCAGCAAAAGGACUAACAGACCACGAGAUUCUCUCCCAGUAUCCACUGAACACUCCCAUCACAUAUGAUGCAUUGAUGAAAAUAGAUUACUUGGAAAUGGCCAUCAACGAAUCAAUGCGUCUCCUUCCCACUGCACCACGCUUAGAGAGGGUCUGUAAGAAAACUGUGGAGCUCAAUGGGGUGACCAUACCAAAGGACACUCUGGUUGGAAUUCCAACCUAUGUUUUGUGUCGUGAUCCGCAACUCUGGGAGUCGCCUGAUGAGUUCAGACCAGAGAGGUUCAGCCCAGAGAGUAAGUCAGAGAUAAACCAGUACGCUUUCCUGCCUUUUGGUCUCGGGCCUCGAAAUUGCAUUGGAAUGAGAUUCGCCCUAAUGAUCAUGAAGCUUCUUGUUGUGAAGCUGCUGCAGAACUUCAGCAUGGAAACAUGUAAAGAGACACAGAUCCCUCUAGAGAUGAAUGCCGCUUUUCAGCCGAAGGUUCCCAUCACACUGAAGUUUAUACCAAGAUCUCACAAGGCAAAACAAUAAUGCAAUGCAAAACAGUUAUAAACAUUAUAUAAUUAUGAAUAAUACAAA